GGACAACCACCCAUUGAUGUCAUUGUCUUGUAUGUCGAAUAAUCUUUUAAAGUUUGUUUGGUUAUCUUCACUUGUUAUCUAUCUUGGGCUUUGCCCCUCUCACCAAAAAUACCAAGUGUCCAAAAGGGUAGUGAAGAAAAAUGGAGGUCACAAAUGUCACUGAGUAUCAGGCUAUUGCCAAGGAGAAGUUGCCAAAGAUGGUCUAUGACUACUAUGCUUCUGGUGCCGAGGAUCAGUGGACUCUCGAAGAGAACCGAAACGCUUUUUCAAGAAUAUUGUUUAGGCCGCGCAUUCUUAUUGAUGUGAGCAAGAUUGACAUGACUACCACAAUUUUGGGAUUCAAAUUAUCGAUGCCGAUUAUGAUUGCGCCAACAGCCAUGCAGAAGAUGGCUCACCCUGAUGGUGAGUAUGCAACAGCAAGAGCUGCAUCUGCAGCUGGAACUAUUAUGACCUUGUCUUCAUGGGCUACAUCAAGUGUUGAGGAGGUUGCUUCAACAGGACCUGGAAUCCGUUUCUUCCAGCUUUAUGUGUACAAGGACAGGAACGUGGUUGCUCAGCUUGUGCGAAGAGCCGAAAGAGCUGGUUUUAAGGCUAUCGCUCUUACAGUUGAUACACCUAGGCUUGGACGCCGAGAAGCUGACAUCAAAAACAGGUUUACUCUACCACCAUUUUUGACACUGAAGAACUUUGAGGGUUUGGACCUUGGCAAGAUGGAUGAAGCUAAUGAUUCUGGUUUAGCUUCUUAUGUUGCUGGUCAGAUCGACCGCACCUUGAGCUGGAAGGAUGUGAAGUGGCUACAAACAAUUACCACAAUGCCGAUCCUCGUUAAGGGUGUUAUCACUGCUGAGGACACAAGGUUAGCUAUUCAAGCUGGAGCAGCGGGUAUUAUUGUUUCCAACCAUGGAGCUCGCCAGCUGGAUUACGUUCCGGCUACAAUCAGCGCUUUGGAAGAGGUUGUGAAAGCGGCACAGGGUCGUGUCCCAGUGUUCCUGGACGGUGGUGUCCGCCGUGGAACCGAUGUUUUCAAGGCACUGGCUCUUGGAGCUUCUGGCAUCUUUAUCGGGCGACCUGUGGUGUUUUCUUUGGCUGCUGAGGGAGAAGCUGGAGUGAGAAAUGUACUCAAAAUGUUACGUGAUGAAUUCGAGCUAACUAUGGCACUAAGCGGUUGCACCUCACUCAGAGAGAUCACUCGUGACCACAUUGUGACCGAGUGGGACGCCCCAAAGGCUCGUCCUGCACCACGGUUGUAAACAAAAACAUGAUACGGUCAUAAGCAUCUCGACUUUUAAUGGCACAUUAUAAGGUAUAUACCUUGUGUUACGGUUGCAAAACUCAUAUUGUUUCCUUGUAUAAUGUUCGUUUCUGAAUGAUCGGCUGUAUGGAUGUAUAAUUCUUAAAGGUUCAUGGCUUUACUUAUAUAUAUGUGGUUAAUUAAUAAUUG